GCAGGACCUGUGAGGAGCGGAACGAACGACCAGAAAAAACGACAAAUGGCACUCAUGGCUGGGAUUUUGUUUACGGCGACCUCUGUGCUGCUUGGAAUUUCUACGUGUGUUUCUUCGGCACGGAUUUACCCCCCAAACGAAGUGACAUUACUGGACUCCAGAUCUGUAGCGGGGGAGUUGGGCUGGUUCGCCAACCCAACAGAAGGAGGGUGGGAGGAGGUGAGCAUCAUGGAUGAGAAGAACAUUCCCAUCAGGACGUACCAGGUGUGUAACGUGAUGGAACCCAACCAAAACAACUGGCUUAGAACUGACUGGAUCCCCCGGGUUGGCGCCCAGCGUGUCUACAUUGAAAUCAAGUUCACCCUGCGCGACUGUAACAGUCUUCCUGGUGUCAUGGGAACCUGCAAGGAGACCUUCAACCUCUACUACUACGAGUCCAACAACGACAAGGAGCGCUACAUCCCAGAGAACCAGUUUGGCAAGAUCGACACGGUGGCGGCCGACGAGAGCUUCACCCAAGUGGACAUCGGAGACCGCAUCAUGAAGUUGAACACGGAGGUCAGGGACGUGGGAGCCUUGACCCGGAAGGGUUUCUACCUGGCCUUCCAGGACGUGGGAGCCUGCAUUGCCCUGGUGUCUGUCAGGGUGUUCUAUAAGAAGUGUCCCAUGGCUGUGAGGAACCUGGCCCAGUUCCCUGACACCACCACCGGGGCUGACACCUCAUCACUGGUAGAAGUCCGAGGAUCCUGCGUAAAUGAUUCAGAGGAGCGUGACGUUCCCAAAAUGUACUGCGGGGCGGACGGAGAGUGGCUGGUGCCCAUCGGGAACUGCCUGUGUAACCCGGGAUUUGAGGAGAGAAACGUUGAAUGCCAGGCCUGUAAGAUUGGCUACUACCGUGCCCUGGCCACAGACGGUGCCUGCUCCAAGUGUCCUCUCCACAGCUACUCUGUCAGAGAGGGAUCCACAUCCUGUGCCUGUGACAAGGGCUACUUCCGCUCAGAGACUGACCCUGCAUCCAUGCCAUGCACCAGGCCUCCGACGGCUCCGCUCCACCUCAUCUCCAAUGUCAAUGAGACGUCGGUCAACUUGGAGUGGAGCACCCCCCUCUCUUCUGGCGGACGCCAGGACCUCAGCUACAACGUGGUGUGUAAACGUUGUGGGCCAGAGGGGACACGGUGUCAGCCCUGUGGGAACGGGGUCCACUUCAGCCCCCAGCAGCUGAGCCUCAGGGCCACCAAGGUGUCUAUCAACGACCUGCAGGCCCACACAAACUACACCUUUGAGAUCUGGGCUGUCAACGGGGUCUCCCAGCAGAGCCCUGGACCUGAGCAGGCCGUGUCGGUGACAGUCACUACCAACCAGGCCGCCCCGUCUCCCGUCAACUCAAUCCAGGCCAAGGACAUCACCAGACACACCAUCUCCCUGGCCUGGCAGCAGCCUGAGAAAGCCAACGGGGUCAUCUUGGAGUACGAAGUCAAAUACUACGAGAAGGACCAGAAUGAGAGGAGUUAUCGCAUCAUCAAGACGUCAUCUAGGAACACUGACAUCAAAGGCCUGACCCCUCUGACUUCCUACGUGUUCCACGUGCGCGCUCGCACCGCCGCCGGCUAUGGAGAGUUCAGCGCUCCCUUCGAGUUCAUGACCAACUCUGUUCCAGCUCCUAUCAUCGGAGACGGGACUAACUCCACAGUGUUGCUGGUAUCUGUGGUGGGCAGUGUUGUUCUCCUCCUCAUCCUCAUCAGUGCCUUCGUCAUCAGCAGGAGAAGGAGUAAGUACAGUAAGGCCAAGCAGGAUGCCGAUGAAGAGAAACACCUACACCAAGGAGUGAGGAUAUACAUAGACCCCUUUACCUACGAAGACCCCAACCAGGCUGUCCGAGAGUUUGCCAAGGAGAUCGACGCUUCCUGUAUCAAGAUUGAGAAAGUCAUUGGCAUCGGUGAGUUUGGGGAGGUGUGCAGUGGUCGUCUGAAGAUGCCAGGAAAGAGGGAGAUCUGUGUGGCCAUUAAGACCCUGAAGGCGGGAUACACAGACAAGCAGAGGCGGGACUUCCUGUCUGAGGCCAGCAUCAUGGGCCAAUUUGACCAUCCAAACAUCAUUCACCUGGAGGGAGUGGUCACCAAGUGUAAACCAGUGAUGAUUAUCACAGAGUACAUGGAGAAUGGUUCUCUGGAUGCAUUUCUGAGGAAGAAUGACGGGCGUUUCACAGUGAUCCAGCUGGUGGGCAUCUUGCGUGGCAUCGCGUCGGGCAUGAAGUACCUUUCUGAUAUGAGCUAUGUCCACAGAGACCUGGCCGCUCGCAACAUCCUGGUCAACAGCAACCUGGUGUGUAAGGUGUCUGACUUCGGCAUGUCACGAGUACUGGAGGACGACCCCGAGGCUGCAUACACCACCAGGGGAGGGAAGAUCCCCAUUCGCUGGACAGCCCCAGAGGCCAUUGCCUACAGGAAGUUCACCUCGGCCAGCGACGUGUGGAGCUACGGCAUCGUAAUGUGGGAAGUGAUGUCAUAUGGGGAGCGCCCAUAUUGGGACAUGAGUAACCAGGAUGUGAUCAAGGCCAUAGAUGAGGGGUACAGGCUUCCCCCGCCCAUGGACUGCCCCGUGGCACUGCACCAGCUGAUGCUGGACUGCUGGCAGAGGGAGAGGGGCGACAGGCCCAAGUUUGGCCAGAUCGUCAACAUGCUGGACAAACUGAUCCGGAACCCCAACAGCCUGAAGAGGACUGGAGGAGAGACCACACGGCCCAGCACCACCCUCCUGGAGCCGGUCAGCCCGGAGGUGGCCUCGGCCCUGGGCUCUGUGGAGGACUGGCUGCAGGCCAUCGGCAUGGAGAGAUACAGCGACAACUUCACCGCAGCAGGAUACACCAGCCCAGAGGCUGUGGUUCAUAUGACACAGGAGGACAUGGGCCGAAUUGGAAUCUCCUCAGCUGCACACCAGAAUAAGAUCCUGACCAGCGUCCAGGGAAUGCUCUCCCAAAUGCAACAGAUGCAAGGCAGAAUGGUUCCGGUCUGAUCAACGAGAAGGAAACAACUUAAUUUCUAACGGAUAAUACAAAUUAAAUAUCAAAAGACAAAUGAACAAUCAAAUUGUUUACCUCUUCCAUGCACUUUAAAUUGGAUUUAAAAGAAGAAGAAAAGAACAAGAAGAAGAAAAGUGGGAAAAAUAUGCACUUUUUAUCAGAUAUUAGACCUUGCCCUAUUGAGAACGGGAUAUUUUUCUGUGCGAGCGGCGCUGAGAACGGGAUGGACGGAAAGCUUUUCCGAGAGGCCAACUGGAGUGCCUUCAAUGGUCUGGAAGGAAUUCAGAGGGGAUUGCUCCUCUAGGCAAGAGUAAUAUAUCUGGAAAGUUAUUUUCUGGAAUACCCACAGAGCAGAUUUUUGUCCCGUAGCUGUGUUCUGUGUGUGACUUGUUCUCUGUGACUCGCUGACAUACCCUCGAGUGUCUUUCUCAGCUGCAUCCGUUCGAAUACCAACAGACAAAAUGAAGGAUUCCAACCUCCAGAUAAACACUCAUGUUCUGAAUCUGAGAGGUUGAGGGAGGGAUGGAGGAGGGAGGGGAAGGGGGUUCUGUGUUUUUGCUCUGUUCGGGUCUUGUUUUGUCCCAGAUUGGGCUGUUUUGUUGCCCUCUGGACAUUUUCUCAGAAUGUUUUUAAUCUAAAGAGGUGCAUUCCUACCCCUUGUCCUCCCAAACCACCAUCUCAUCCCUCCUCAAACAUAUUUCAUCACCCCUUUUGGAUUACAGCCCGCCCCCCUUGGUCUGAUUAUUGCUCUAUGUUCUUUGACGGACAGCUGUUUGGACCAGUUGGAAUCUUACUGUGUAUUUGUUUCCUGAAUGUGGUACUGAGAGCAAAGGAGUAUGGGGUUUAUUUGGACACGACUGUGCACUACUGCGGAGAGAUGGAUAUGUAACAAAACAACAAUGACAACGACAUCAAAAUAAACAAGAGAAUACAUGCUGGACAUUAUUCAAUCAUCAAUCACAAUGCUGCCGCCGCCUUUCAUCAACAGGAUUCCUCCCUCUCUCCAUGACCAGAAUUCCUCCUCUUCUCCUUGGAGUCUCCUCCAACUCCAUGAUGAGAAAUUCAUCUCUCCAUGUCUGGCACGUUCGCUGUUCGGCGUCGCUCCAUUUUUCACAACGGACAAACAGACUAGCGAUCCAUGACCACCAUCAACAGCUUACGAAAACAAUAUGAAUGAUUCAGCAACGCUUAAAAAACAUUUAAAUAAUGUAAUAUAAACUAGACCCUGCUCCAGCAGACGAUGUACUUGUUUUAUGAAUUUUGAAGUUUAUUUUCCUUUGUGUUUUUGGUUUGCAUGUAAAGUGAGUGUAUGGUAACAGCGAGCAUGUGAUAGUGUGUUGAGUGUGUUGAGUGUGUUGAGUGUGUGAGUGAGUGAGUGAGUGAGUGAGUGAGUG